GUUGUUUUGUGGGUUUGAUGAUAUAUAUUGCAUCUUCUUGGGGAGCUUGAACAACCUCUGCUCACUAAUCAGACAAUAUGGGCUAUCAAAGGGCACCGAUGAGGCCUUGUUUGUCAUUGAAGCUUACCGGACCCUCCGUGACCGCGGCCCAUACCCACCCGACCAGGUUGUGAAGGAUCUGGAAGGAAGCUUUGCCUUUGUUGUCUAUGAUAGCAAAACUGGAACUGUUUUUACUGCUCUGGGUUCUGAUGGUGGAGUUAAGCUGUACUGGGGUAUUGCUGCUGAUGGCUCUGUGGUUAUUUCUGAUGAUUUGGAGGUCAUCAAAGCUGGCUGUGCCAAAUCAUUUGCUCCCUUCCCAAAAGGAUGCAUGUUCCACAGUGGAGGAGGAUUGAUGAGUUUUGAGCAUCCAAUGAACAAGAUGAAAGCAAUGAAGAGGAUUGAUAGUGAAGGGGUUGUGUGUGGUGCCAGCUUCAAGGUGGAUGUCUUCACUAGGGUUAACAGCAUCCCUCGUACUGGAAGUGAGGCCAAUUGGUCUGAAUGGGAGGCUCAUUAAUCUUUUCUAACUAUUUGCUAAGCCAUUAACUGUUGUUGUUGUUGUUGUUUUGGUUGUUGCUGUUGUUGUAGACUGGUAGUAGUUUGUGUUAAGCUUGGCAAUGGGUGUCUCUGAUGUUGUUUAAUUCCAAAAUAAUUUAUACAUAAAUAAAGAGUUUUUUAUGUUUCGAAUGA